AUGAGAGGCCCAUCAGGCUUCCUCCUUUGCUUGCUGCUGCUGGUGACCACCUGUCGCAGAGAGGUUGUUGCCCAGGAGGUCCAGCCUGAUCCCAAAAUGUCAUGUGCCAACUGGAUGGGCGGAAUGCCCGGUCACCCUGGCCACAACGGACUGCCCGGCCGGGACGGGAAAGAUGGAGUGGAGGGACCAAAGGGAGAGAGAGGAUUCCCAGGUUAGUGCGGAACGAGGGGUGCACCUGGUCGGCCAGGCCUUGAUGGCCCCCCAGGACCUAUGGGAAUUCCUGGAGCCCCAGGGCCGACUGGGCCGAAGGGAGACAGCGCCUUCAUGCACCGCUCCGCCUUCAGCGUGGGGCUGACCGAGAGAGCCCCCUACCCCAACGUCCCCAUCCGCUUCAGCAAGAUCUUCUACAACAAGCAGAGCCACUACGACACCAGCACCGGCAAGUUCCUCUGCAACAUCCCCGGCACUUACUACUUCGCCUACAACCUGAUGGUCUACCUGGAGGACGUCAAGGUCAGCCUCUACAAGAACGGCAAGGCGGCGAUCAUCACCUACGACCAGUUCCAGAAGAACAACGCUGACCAGGCGAGCGGCUCCAUCCUCCUGCACCUCAACUCUGGGGACGAGGUCUGGUUGCAGGUGUAUGGGGAUGGGGACGACAAUGGCAUCUAUGCCGACAACGUCAAUGAUUCCACUUUCAUGGGCUUCCUCCUGUACCCAGACAUGGAUGACCAUUAA